AUGGUCCAUCAACCGGAGAAUCAACAGUCGCCGGUGAGCGACUCUGAAGAUCUCACUAUCUCCAAUGCGCCGGAACCUCCCCGGAUGGGACCUCCCCCACCGCCCAACGGUGGCCUUGUCGCUUGGCUUCACGUCCUUGGCGGCUUCAUGCUGUUCUUCAACACCUGGGGUAUUCUGAAUGCCUUCGGCGUUUUCCAGACCUACUACGAAAGUGGCGCGAUGUUCGAGAGAUCAUCAUCGGAUAUCUCGUGGAUCGGAUCUAUCCAGUCUUUCAUGGUGUUGCUUGGUGGUGUCUUCGCCGGCCCCGUCUACGAUAGAGGAUAUUUACGACAUUUGUUGAUUCUGGGGAGUUUUAUGAUCGUCUUCGGACACAUGAUGCUAAGUCUUUGCACACAAUAUUGGGAGAUCGUUUUAGCUCAAGGUCUUUGCGUUGGACUGGGAGCGGGUAUGCUCUUCGUACCUUGCGUUUCUAUUAUCCCUACCUACUUUAGCAGUAAACUUGGUCUUGCCGUUGGGCUAGCAUCAUCGGGUUCAUCCGUUGGUGGUGUUAUCUACCCCAUCGUCUUGUACCAGCUCUUGGACAAGGUUGGGUUCGCCUGGUCGGUCCGUAUCAUGGGUUUCCUGGCCCUGGCGACCCUUCUUAUCCCCAUCACUAUUAUGAAGAUGCGGUUCAAGGCCCCGAAGCCUAGAUCUCUAAUCGACUGGACUGCUUUCAAGGAUUAUCCCUACCUGUUCUUUACAGGAACCACUUUCAUCGGAUUCAUGGGGCUCAGUAUUCUCAUCUUCUACAUCUCGUACUAUCCUCAAGAACAAGGACUUACCGAUGAGGCGCUCUCCUUUUACAUGGUGCCUAUCUUUAAUGCCGCAUCCUGUUUUGGUCGAAUUCUCCCAAAUGCCUUGUCGGACAAGAUUGGCCCGUUCAAUGUUGUCGCGCCUUGCUCGCUCAUCACUGGUAUUUUGAUGCUCUGCUUGAUGGCGGCCCACAGCAAGGGAGCAGUGAUCACCAUUGCAGUCCUCGUCGGAUUCUUCAGCGGCGUGUUCAUUGCCAUGCCCCCUGUCUGCUUCUUCCCCCUGACUCAGGAUAAGUCGAAGCUAGGAACCAGAAUAGGUAUGGGCUUCGGUAUCAUUGCUCUCGGUCUGCUAGCCGGUGGCCCCAUCGCCGGGGCUAUCCUUGGCACUGUGAAACCGCUGGACUGGUACGGUCUCUGGGGAUUCGGUGGAGCUGCAGCUACUCUCUCUGGUAUUCUGUACACGGGAUUGAGGGUGUACCGCUCCGGAUUUGCUUUAAUUAAGGCGUAG